GGCAGUUUAUCUGUGAGUUCACAGGCUGCUAGCUGCCUUUAUAAAAAGUUCUUCCAAUUUUUCAUACUUCCUCACUGAGCUAGUUUCACUGCAGAGAUGAAGAAGCUCAUUUACUUAGUCUUGUUUAAGACAGCUCUGAUUGCUUUUACAAAUGUCUCUGCACUUGCAAAUGAAGAUACAGAAAAUGUUAGAGAAGGAAACGCCAUUGGUGCUUGUCCCAUAAAGUUCAAAACCAGUGGGAAAUGUGAAGGAGAGGAAUGUCCAUAUCAGAUAAAUCUGCCUUCGAUGACCAUCCAGUUACCUAAGCAGUUCAGACUGAUUGAAAAGACUCUCAAAGAAGUACAGAAACUUAAAGAUGAAGUAAACAACUUGAAGAAAUCUUGCCAAGAUUGCAAGCUGCAGGCAGAUGACAACAAUGAAAAAGAUGGUACAGAAGUCUCAACAGAGUACAGUAAGAUACAAGAUAACAGAAUAAAGGAAUUACAGAGCAAAGUUAAGAAACUGUCAGCCAGUUUGAAGAAUGCAGAGAAUCAGAUCCACUUAGUAGAGGGUAAUCUGGAAAAAAGGAACCUUAUAAACAUGGACAAUGUAGAAAGCUAUGUCAACGGCAAAAUUGAAAAUAUGACAAUUUUCUUCAACAGUAGGAAUGUCAUAUGUUCUUCUGAGUGUCCAGUCAUAGAAUCAAGACCUGUUGUACAACUAAUAUAUAAAGACUGUGCAGACCAUUAUGCAGCAGGUAGAAGCAGUAAUGGAAUCUACAGAGUUAUUCCCGAUCCAAAAAUGAAUAGCUUUGAAGUUUAUUGUGACAUGGAAUCAAUGGGAGGUGGCUGGACAGUGCUACAGAUGCGUCAAGAUGGUAGCACUAACUUCAACAGAACAUGGAAUGACUACAAAAAUGGCUUUGGAAAUCUGAGCAGGGAGUUUUGGCUGGGGAAUGAUAAAAUUCAUCUUCUAACCAAAAGCAAGGAGAUGCAACUGAGAAUUGAGAUUGAAGAUUUCAAUGGUAAAAGAGAGUAUGCUAAAUAUGAACAGUUCUAUGUAGCCAAUGAAUAUCUCAAGUACCGUCUAAGUGUCAGUGGUUAUAGUGGUACCGCUGGAGAUGCCAUGCACUUCAAUAAACAUUACAACCAUGAUCAAAAAUUCUUUACUACGCCAGACAAAGACAAUGAUAUGUAUCCAUCAGGAAAUUGUGGGGCUUACUACAGCUCUGGCUGGUGGUUUGAUAAAUGUUUGUCUGCCAAUCUAAAUGGCAAAUACUAUCAAGAAAAAUACAAAGGUAUUCGCAAUGGGAUUUUCUGGGGCACCUGGCAUGAUUUUUCCCAUGAUAUUCCAAAUGGUUAUAAGAAAGCUUUUAAAAGGGUAAAAAUGAUGAUCAGACCCAAAGUCUUUAUGCCAUAAAUCAGUAUCCUCUGCUGUAAUGAGUUUGUAUUAGGUCAUACUAAAACUAUCAUACUUACUCAGUAUCAUAUUCAAAAUGCAAAUAUUAGGAGUAUUUUAACAUUCAAUUUAAUAUAAUUCUUCCAAGAUGAAAGUGCCUCAACAUAAAAUGUUUAUAGAUCCCCUAUCUUGCCUUAUAAAGUCUCAGGGGGUAGCUGUGUUGGUCUGUAACUUUAAAAACAAUUAGUAGUCCUGUGACACCUUAGGGAAUGUCUACACUAGGAAAUUAUUUCAAAAUAACUUAUUUGAAAAUAAUA